CUUGGUGACAAUUGAUCUUGGCCGAGAAGAACGCUAUUGGUUGCUCCUGGCCGUCUUCAUCCCGCUGGAACAACACUGCACCGACUCCGAUUUGGGAUGCAUCGCACUGGAUGAAAAAGUGCCGCUUGAAGUCCGCAUGUACCGGCACUGGCGCAGUAGUUAGGGACAUCUUCAAGGACUCUACUGCCAACUGUGCUUCUGGACUCAAGGAACACUUCUUAUUUCCCGUCUUCUUCAAGGAUUCCGUGAGCGGGGCUGCCAACGUCGCGAAGUUCCUUAUAAACCGACGUUUCCAACCAGCGGUUCCAAGAAAGGCUCUCAUUUCCUUCAUGGUCCUUGGCUCAGGCAUCCGCCUAAUGGCUACUACAUGCCCUGGAUCCAUCCGCAGACGUCCUCCACCCACUAUGAAGCCGAGGCAUUUAGCGACUCGGCGAAGAUACUUCAUGUGCGUUCUCAUGUCUGGCGCUAGUAUUAGCAGGUCAUCCAAGUAGACAAACACAUUCGAGAGGGUCUCAGCUGGAAUUACUCGGUCCAUGAGUCUCACCAGUCUCUGUGAUGCGUUACAGAGUCCGAAAGGCAUCACCCGGAACUGGUAAAGAGACCGACCAUCGACCGAUAGUGUCCAACUCAAUCUGCCAAAAAGCGAACUUCAAAUCCACGCUGGAAAUAUAGUACGUUUGGUCAAUUCUGAAGAGGAAGCCGUCUAUGCUGGGCAGCGGGUAAGCAUCUUUGAUGGCCACCUCAUUAAGCUUGCGUGCGUCUAAGCAGAACCGGUGUUUACCAGACCUUGA